AUGGAGUUGCUGUUGAUUUGCCUUUCCCUGUGGAUAUUGCACGGCGGUUCUGCCAGAGCGGACUCCAUCAUACACAUCGGUGCCAUAUUCGAAGAAAACGCCAUGCGGGAUGACGAGAUUUUCCAGCUCGCCAUCUCCGACCUGAGCCUCAACGACGACAUUCUGCAAAGCGAGAAGAUCACCCACUCCGUAAAACUCAUCGAGCCCAAUAACCCCUUUCAGGCGGUGCAGGAAGCCUGCGAAUUGAUGAACCAGGGGAUCUUGGCGCUGGUCACGUCCACAGGCUGUGCAGCCGCCAGCGCGCUGCAGUCCCUGACAGAUGCCAUGCACAUCCCCCACCUUUUCAUUCAGAGGAACGCCGAUGGGACGCCCCGCACCGCCUGCCACCUCAACCCAAGCCCAGAUGGGGAGAGCUACACCUUGGCCGCCCGGCCGCCCGUUAGGAUCAACGACGUCCUGCUCACUCUGGUCUCGGAACUGUACUGGCAGAAGUUCAUAGUCUUCUAUGAGAGCGACUAUGACAUCCGGGGUCUGCAGACCUUCAUGGACCAGGCGUCCAGGCUGGGGCUGGACGUCUCCCUGCAGAGGGUAGACCGCAACGUCAGCCGCGUCUUUACUGACCUUUUUAACACCAUGCGUACCGAGGAGCUCAACCGAUACCGUGACACCCUGCGGCGGGCCGUGUUGCUCAUGAGCCCACGGGGAGCGCAAGUGUUCAUCCACCAGGCUGUAGAAACUAACCUGGCAUCCAAGGACAGCCACUGGGUGUACGCCAAUGAGGAGGUGAGUGAUGCGGAGAUCAUGGAACUGGUCCACAGCUCUCUCGGACGGAUGACUGUCAUUCGCCAAAUCUUCCCGAUGUGGAGGGACACCAACAUCCGCUGUAUGAGAAACAACCACCGAAUCUCCUCUCUACUCUGUGAUCCACAAGAGGGCUACCUGCAGUCUCUGGAGGUGUCCAACCUCUACCUGUAUGAUAGUGUCCUGAUGCUGGCCAACGCCUUCUAUAGGAAACUGGAAGACAGGAAGUGGCACAGCAUGGCCAGCCUCAACUGCAUGAGAAAAUCCACUAAGCCAUGGAAUGGAGGAUGGUCCAUGCUGGACACCAUACAAAAGGAACGCAUCACCGGACUGACGGGGAUGAUGGACUUCCGGGCCGAGGGCGCCAACUCCCACGUGCAGUUUGAGAUUCUUGGAACCAGUUACAGCGAAACCUUUGGCAAAGACGUCAAACGGCUCGCAACUUGGGAUUCCACGCGUGGUUUGAACGGCAGCCUAAAGGAGAGUCGGAUAGAGAGCGGGAUGCAGGGAGUGACGCUCAAGAUUGUAACAUUGCUGGAGGAGCCUUUUGUUAUGGUGGCAGAGAACAUUUUGGGCCAACCUAAGAGGUACAAAGGCUUUUCCAUUGACGUAUUGGAUGCCCUAGCCAAGAUCCUCGGUUUUAAGUAUGACAUCUAUCAGGUUGGAGACGGCAAGUAUGGCUCAGCUCUUCCAAAUGGAUCGUGGAAUGGCAUGAUUGGAGAGCUGAUUAGCAAGCGAGCUGACCUGGCCAUAUCAGCCAUCACUAUCACCCCUGAGAGAGAGAGCGUGGUGGAUUUCAGCAAGCGCUAUCUGGACUACUCAGUGGGCAUCCUGAUGCGCAAGUCGGAGGAGAAAAUUAACAUUUUUUCUUUGCUGGCACCAUUCGACCUGGCGGUGUGGGCGUGUAUUGCUGCUGCCAUCCCUGUUGUGGGCAUCAUGAUCUUCCUGCUUAGGCGCAUCCAAGUGGUGCACUCGCGGAACGUUGCGGGUUGUCACCCUCCUCCACCGUCUGUGUCCAACUCACUUCAGAGCGCCAUCUGGAUUGUCUAUGGGGCCUUUGUGCAACAAGGCAGCGACUCCAUCCUGGGUUCGGUGGCCUUACGAAUUGUCAUGGGCAGCUGGUGGCUCUUCACCCUUAUUGUUUGUUCCUCCUACACAGCAAACCUGGCCGCCUACCUCACUGUGUCACGCAUGGACAAUGCAGUGCGGUCAUUCCAGGACUUGUCCAAGCAAGUGGACCUGGUGUACGGGACAGUGCGCGACUCAGCCGUGUACGAGUAUUUCCGUGCUAAAGGUACCAACCCCCUGGAGCAGGACAGCACCUUUGCUGAGCUAUGGAGGACCAUCAACAAGAACAACGGCCAUGAGAAUUCUGUGUCUAGCCCAUCUGAGGGCAUCAAAAAGGCAAAGAGAGAGUCUUUCGCCUUCCUUUGGGAUAUGGCGGUGGUGGAGUAUGCCGCGUUGACAGAUGAUGACUGUACACUGACAGUGACGGGAAACAGCAUAAGCACCCGGGGUUACGGCAUGGCCCUGCAGCAUGGGAGUCCCUACCGAGACCUCUUCUCUCAGAAGAUCCUAGAGCUUCAGGAGAAGGGGGACCUGGAUAUCCUGAAGCAGAAGUGGUGGCCAAGGAAGGGCCGCUGCGACCUGGACAGCCAUGCCGACGCCCAGACGGAGGGGAGGGCGUUGCGGCUCCACAGCUUCGCUGGUGUCUUCUGCAUCCUAGCAGCAGGGCUCCUUCUGGCCCUCCUGGUCGCCGCCUUAGAGACGUGGUGGAACAGCAACCACUGCCGCAGAGAGCAGCCCAAAGAGGACAAAGAGGUGAACCUGGAGCAGGUCCAUCAGCGUUUGAACAGCCUCCUGGACGAGGAUUUGGCUCACAAGCAACUGCCCGGCCAGUCUAUCGAGAUUUCUGCCCUGGACAUUGGCAGCAUGCAGCCCAGCCAGUCCCUAGAGGUCUUGUCUGCACGGGACUACCCGGCCCAUCGGGGGCCGCCUCCGCUCUCUGUGACCACCUUCCUCCAGGAGGGUCAUGGGGCAGGAAGGACACUGGGCCCAGCUGCUGGCAGGACCCUCCCCCUGCCUCUCAGCAGUGCCACCAUGCCCUCUAUCCGCUGCAAACACAGGGCACCCAACGGGGGGCUUUUCCGUCAGAGCCCCGUCAAGACACCCAUGCCAAUGUCCUAUCAGUCAGUGCCAGGAGGACCCAUCCCAGAAGCCCUUGAGCCAAGCCAUGGGACAUCCAUCUGA